AUGAAACAACCACAAGGUUUCAUCCAUCCCAAUCAUCUGUCCCAUGUAUGUAAACUUCACAAGACUAUUUACGGGCUUAAACAAGCACCGAGGCAGUGGUUUCACACGUUCACAGCUUUCCUCCAAAGCAUCGGCUUCACCUUCAGCAAAUCUAAUCCCUCUCUAUUAUUCUACAAGAAAGAGGACACCAAAAUCUACAUUCUUCUAUAUGUAGAUGAUAUUCUUAUAUCGGGCAAUAAGCACAGCAAAAUUAUUGCCUUUAUCAAGGAAUUACAAGACCGUUUUCAGCUGAGAGAACUUGGUCCCGUUUCCUUUUUUCUGGGGAUCCAGGUAUCACGCACAGCCGCUGGCUAUUUCCUCAGCCAAUCUCAAUAUGCUCUAGACAUUCUUCAGUCUGCAGGUUUAGCCGAUUGUAAACCAUCUCAGACUCCCAUUGCUGUCAAAACCGUUGCCGAUGCCAAGCAGUUUCUCGGAUCAGAUCCACGCUCUACAGGAAAAUUGCUGGCUCAUUGCAAUAUCUCACAAUCACUAGACCAGACAUUGCAUAUGCUACUAACAUUGUUUGCCAGCAUAUGCAUCAACCGUCCGAACUGCAUUUCACCAUUCUCAAACGACUAUUGGGCAGCUGAUCACAACGACAGGAAAUCCAUUUUUGGAUUUUGUACAUUCCUCGGCAAUUCGUUAGUUUCUUGGUGUGUAAAGAAGCAAGCCACUGUCGCUAAAUCUUCCACCGAGGUAGAGUAUUGGGCUCUAGCAUCUGCCACAUCCGAUAUAAUAUGGCUAAGGAGGUUACUCUCUGAUUUUGAUGUGGAGCCUCUACUACCCACCAUUCUCUCAUGUGACAACACUUCUGCGCUUGCUCUUGCCAACAAUCCAUCAACACCUACCGCCUGCCCCUGCAUGCCCUGCCCGGCUUGCCCGCUUGCCGCUGCCUGCCCUGCCUGCUACGGUCUGCCCACCUACCCGCAUAGCUUGCCCGCGUGCAUCGUGCCGGUCGCACCAACGCAUUUGUGUCGCAUAGCAUCGCGUUCGCUGUUGAACGCCAUUGCUCGCUGGCGGCUACCGAACGUUGUUGCCCGAUGGCAGUUGCCAAACCUCGCUGCCUAG